GCUAUGAAGAGCGGUGGUGGUUUGACCGGUUUGGCCCCGGGGCGCCUUGAAGAUCCCGGCCCACUCCCGAGGCCUGCGAGAGACGCCCCCGUUCUCUUGACAGAAAUACCACAGUUUGCUGUCAUGAAUGAGGAACCUGCCACAAUUUGUUUCAAUGAAGAUGAUUAUUAUUGUCCUGUCUGCCAAGAUGUGUUCAAAACACCUGUCAGAAUUUCCAUUUGUCAACAUAUAUUUUGCAGGAAGUGUUUCUUAAUGGCUAUGAAAGAAGGUGGACCACAUUGUCCAUUAUGUCGAGGCAUUGUAACCAGAAAAGAAAAAGCACGUCCCAACAGAGCCUUAGAUGUUGAAAAUAACAUGAAGAAAUUGGUGGGGAGUUGUAGAUGCUGUGAAAAACAGAUUAGAUUCUCUCGUAUGAGACAGCAUUAUAAAUCAUGUAAGAGGUAUCAAGAUGAAUAUGGUGUUCCUUCUAUAAUUCCAAACUUAGACAUAUCUCAAGAUUCAACAGGAAACAGUUUUGGGAGUGAUUCUUCUACUUUGGAAAUGGGAGAAAACUCUAAUCUACAUGUUCCUGAAGAACCUGCAAGUGAGCAGCCUACUUUCAAAUGCCCUCUAUGUCAAGAAAGUAACUUCACAAGGCAGACUCUAUUGGAUCAUUGUAAUGACAAGCAUCUUUAUCAAGUAGACCCAGCAAAUCUUCAAUUGGAUGAAGAAACUCUGUUUCAAAAUGCUGUUGAGGAAUCUUAUCAAGUGAACCUUUGAAGCUUCUAAUUUCCUUACAUCACCACUAUCUACAAGGGGGGAGAGAGUCAAGUCUGGUCUGAUGUUAAUAAAGAGGAACUCUGUAUCCAAUUCAGUAGCAAUUGUUUUCCCCUAGGCAGAUUUCAUUUUAAAAUACUUUAAAGACAUGUGUUACUACGUUGUAGUAUAAAGUAUCUAUUUUCCAAUUACUAGUAGAAAUAUUUCAAAUAUCUGGAGAAAAUAUCACUGCCUUUGGGGAAAAAAAGAAUUCUUUUUUAUUUAAAUUAUUUGAUUUUACAGAACUCUUUUAUUUGCAUUAAAAUCAAUUGUAAGGCAUUAGAAUGCAGAAAAGGAGGAUAAUUACCCUUGUUUGAAUAGUUCCAUUUUCCUUGCAUACUUUGUAUUUUGAAGUAGAAGUUAAAAGCUGAAUGGUUUUAUUGUGCUCCAUAACUUAACUAUUGCAUGCAGGGAUUUUCUUAAUUGUUUUUAAAAGUCUCUUAAGUACAGAACCAUUUACUGAACCUUAUAAAUAGAAUGGCAGAAUUCACACUUAAAAACUGACUUGGUCUAGAAAAAGAAUGAAGUUCUUUUCACCAACACCUCUAUCACUAUACUUUUCUAAAACUUUUUUCUCCUAAGCAUUACUUUUAUAUGAUUAAUUUACAUUAGUUUAAGACCCAAAUAAGAUUCUUAGGGCACAGCAUAAUUCACAUGGGAUGUUUAUUAGUGUUUUUCCUUUUUUUAAAAUAACACUUAGAUAGAUAGAUAGUAGAUUCCUAAUACUUUGAAAAUGUUAUAUUACUGAGACUGCUUUUAUAAUAAGAGAGUUUUAUUUUUAAAAAAUGCUGUGUUGUCUUAGGCCAGUAUUAAAUUGGGUUGAUUGUAGUGUUUUAAGUUAACAAGAUAUUUCUACUAAUUGAACCUAUCUUGAAACCUAGUAAAUGUCUACUUUAAAAACUCGCUGGUAAAUUAUCUUCAUUGUAGUAGUAUAAUUAUGGGUAAGCAAUUUCAUUUUGUGUCACUGCAUUAGUCUAUGUUUCUAUUACGUCUUGGGGUUUGCUCUAUUUUCAUGGAAUAAAAGAGAAUUUUAGAAUGCAGACAAUGGAAUCUCUGCAUAAAUGCUCAUGAUUUGAGUAUUCUUUUUGCUUUAUUGUUAAAUAGUAAUAUUUGAAUUUGGUUUUUUUUCUCAAACACAUUAUUCCUUUAUCAAAAAAAAUUAAAGAAUGACUCAGA